AUGAGGAAAAUCCUCUUCUGCUUUGGAGAAUGCACCUCUGGCUUCAGCUUCCAACCAGUUAUCAGUCCCUCCAAGUCCCUGGCCAAGCUGAACCAGAUCAGGGUGUCUGUGGACGAGGACCAGGACGUGACCCAAGAGAAUGACAAACAGGCUACUAAAACCAAAGUCUUUACUGGUAGGUCAGCUUCAGUGGGAGGAUUUACUUUUAGAUUUGGGGCCGACUCUCAGCCCACCCCCAACCCUCCCAUCCCUGAGUCUGGCUACUUCACCAAGCCCUUCGUCGUACCUGUCCAAACACCUAAAAGCAUUGAGCGAAAGCCUGUGGACUUUGGGAAGAUGUCUUUUGGCCAGCCGAUCCCUGCUGAGCAUCCUAAAGUGCUUAGCUUUGGUGCUGAAAUAGUCGCCCAGUCCACUCCAUCAUCCGCUGCCUUUAAAAUCAACUCCAACUUUAAAUCCAAUGACGGGGACUUCACCUUCAAGUCCAAAAACAGUGAGAGCCUGUUGAGGCUUCUGACAUCAGACAUUCCCACCAAAUCAGAGGGCCCCUCAGAGGGGAAGCCCCAAUAUCCUCCUAGCCUGGGAGGGAUACUUACCUUUGGCACUAAAAGCGCUCCUGGGUUCUCCUUUAAUGACGCAACCCAGAUCCAGGACAAACCAAACCUGUUUGGAAAAUUUGACCAGCCAUUUAGUUUCACUGAUGUAACUCCGCCGGUAUUUGGGCUAGCAAACACAGCGAAGGAGGAGAAGGGAGCAGAGAGCAAUAACAACAGCACUCAUGUGGAGGAGGACGAGGAUGGGCCUCACUUUGAGCCUAUUGUGCCCCUCCCUGACAAAGUAGACAUGAAGACUGGAGAGGAGGAAGAGGAGGAGAUGUUCUGUAACAGGGCCAAGCUGUUCAGAUUCGAUGCGGAGACAAAAGAGUGGAGAGAGAGAGGUAUCGGCUUAGUCAAAAUCCUAAAGCACAAUAGAUCAGGAAAAGUGCGUCUGCUGAUGAGGAGGGAGCAGGUUCUGAAGAUCUGCGCUAACCACUACAUCACGCCAGAUAUGCUCCUGAAACCAAAUGCUGGAUCUGACAAGUCCUGGGUCUGGAAUGCCGUUGAUUAUGCGGAUGAGGAACCAAGGACUGAGCAACUGGCCAUCCGGUACAAAACGGAAGACGAGGCAUUGCUCUUCAAGACAAAGUUUGAAGAGGCUCAGAAGAUCGUUCCCAAAUCUCCAGAAAAGCAGCAAGAUCAGUCAUAUAGGAAAAAUUAUUUUCCUAAACUCUCUGCUCCAUUGGCGACAAACUUUGCUGCCAAGUUUGCAAAGAAGUACGGGGAGUGGGACUGCGAUGUGUGCUGUGUAAGAAAUGUAGCUAAAGUUAUGCAGUGUGUUGCCUGCCAGACUGCCAACCCUAAUGCCCCAUCAAAGCCGGACAGCGCACCGGCUACUGACAUCAAAGGCUUUACUAGUGGGGCAGCUUCAGUGGGAGGAUUUACUUUUGGAUUUGGAGCUGACUCGCCAAAAGACACCAGCAGCGCAGGAUCUAUUGGAAAAGGAUUUGGGUCUUUUGGAGCUCAGAUACCCUCCUCCUUUACGUUUGGAACCAGUGGCACCACUUAUAUACCUGCUGCUGGUUUUGGUGCCCAGUUUGGAAAGAAGUACGGGGAGUGGGACUGCGAUGUGUGCUGUGUAAGAAAUGCAGCUAAAGUUAUGCAGUGUGUUGCCUGCCAGACUGCCAACCCUAAUGCCCCAUCAAAGCCGGACAGCGCACCGGCUACUGACAUCAAAGGCUUUACUAGUGGGGCAGCUUCAGUGGGAGGAUUUACUUUUGGAUUUGGAGCUGACUCGCCAAAAGACACCAGCAGCGCAGGAUCUAUUGGAAAAGGAUUUGGGUCUUUUGGAGCUCAGAUACCCUCCUCCUUUACGUUUGGAACCAGUGGCACCACUUAUAUACCUGCUGCUGGUUUUGGUGCCCAGUUUGGAAAGAGGCAAGAAACCACAAAAGUAGCAGCAGAAUCAAAGCCCUCAACCAUGCCAUUUGGCUCUGGAUUUGGUGUGCAGUUCGGAAAAAGAACAGGACAGUGGGAAUGUGACACGUGUCUUGUUAGAAAUGAGGAGUCUGCUAGCAGUUGUGUUUCUUGUCAAACUCCAAACCCUGUAGCCAAAACAGAUGUAGAUGGAGCAGCAGAAUCAAAGCCCUCAACCAUGUCAUUUGGUGCCCCGGGUUUGGCAACCCUCUCAAUUGGGUCUGGAUUUGGUGCACAGUUUGGCAAAAAAACAGGGCAGUGGGAGUGUGACACAUGUCUUGUUAGAAAUGAAGAGUCUGCUAGCAGUUGUGUUUCUUGUCAAACUCCAAACCCUGUAGCCAAAACAGAUGUAGAUGGAGCAGCAGAAUCAAAGCCCUCAACCAUGUCAUUUGGUGCCCCGGGUUUGGCAACCCUCUCAACUCGGUCUGGAUUUGGUGCCCAAUUCAGCAAAAAAACAGGGCAAUGGGACUGUGAUACAUGCGUUGUAAGAAACGAGGCUUCUUCAAGCAGUUGUGUUUCUUGUCAAACUCCUAACCCUUCAGCAAAAUCAACAGUAGAGGUAGCACCAACAACAAAGCCAACAGUGUCAGACUUUGGUGCUGCUUUGUCAAGGAAGGAUGUACAAUGGGACUGUGACACUUGUCUAGUGAGGAAUGAUGCAUCUGCCUCUAAGUGUGAGGAGUGUCAGAGGCUCCUGUUAGACAUCCCACUGCAGACUCCUCACAAGCUUGUUGACACAGGCAGAACUGCACAUCUCAUCCAGAAGGCAGAGGAGAUGAAGUCCGGCCUGAAAGAUCUUAAAUCUUUCCUGACCGAUGACAAAACCAAGAUCAAGGAGGACGACAGCCAAGCUAACAUCACGACAGCCAGUAACACCUCUGGUCUGAAUAUCAAGCCCCACACAGAGAACACUGGCCCUACCUUAGAAUGGGACAACUAUGACCUGAGAGAGGAGGCUCUGGACGACAGUGCUGACACCUCUGUCUACGCCUCACCCCUGGCAAGCAGCCCAAUCAGGAAGAACCUCUUCUGCUUUGGAGAAUCCACAGAGGGCUUCAACUUCAGCUUCCAGCCUGUCGUCAGUCCCGCCAAGUCGCUGGCCGAGAUGAACCAGAGCGGGGUGUCUGUGGACGAGGAGCAGGACAUUAGCCAGGAGGAGGAGCGGGACGGCCUGUACUUUGAGCCUGUGGUUCCCCUGCCAGACCUGGUGGAGAUCUCCACUGGAGAGGAGAAUGAAAAUGUGUGUUUCAGCCACAGGGCAAAGCUGUAUCGCUAUGACAAAGACCUGAAUCAGUGGAAGGAGAGGGGCAUCGGAGACCUCAAGAUACUGCAGAACUGUGAUACCAAACGAGUCAGACUCAUCAUGAGGAGAGACCAAGUCCUGAAAAUCUGCGCCAACCAUUGGGUCACACCUUCUAUGAAGUUGGAGCCCAUGAAGGGUGCUGAGAAGGCCUGGGUCUGGAGCGCUAUUGACUUUGCCGAGGUAACUAAGGGAAAUGUUGAGCAGUUAGCUGUGAGAUUCAAACUGAAGGAUGUGGCUAACUCCUUCAGAGAUAUAUUUGACCAGGCUAAAACUGCCCAGGAGAAUGAGAUUCUGGUCACUCCAAUAGCCUCCAGUGAGACUCUUACUCAGGAGGAAGCAAUAGCGACGGGGACAACAGUGUGUGGACAAGCUGAUGUGGACAUCCUGGAGGAGACCACCACAGAACGGACGGAGCUGUAUCAUGAGACUUUACACACCCCUGACUGUAAGUCCUCCACUGGCACUCCACAUAGCCCUCUCAACCUCUCCAGGAUGGUGAUGUCCCCACCCAAGUACCUCUUUGGAACAGACUCUCUCCAGAAGUUUUUCGGCAGCAGCCCCCCGUCGUCCAAGGAGGAUAGUUCUUCAGAGAGCUCCAAGGUUAAAGACAGCGGUCGGACCUCCCAGCCUUUAACUGCAUUCAAAAUCUCAGAAAAAGCACCCUCCCAGGCGGAGGCCGACGGUGAGGUGGAAGUGGUGUAUGUGAGGCAGCCAACAGUUGAGCAGGCUCUUCUGGCCAGGGAACUCCUGCUGCCUCUCACCUUCUUCUGCUACCAGAACGAACCAGGAUAUACCAGCGACGCCCAGACAGAUGAUGAGGACUUUGAGACAGCAGUUAAAGCCCUGAAUGGAAAACUGUACCAGGAUCCUCCUGAGAGAGAAGCUGCAAGUGCAGGUUCUGCAGGCCAGGCCGACGCAGGUGUUCAGGGUCUGGACCUGGAGCUUGAGGUGGUAUGGGAGAAGAGGCCUACUCCAGAGGAGGAACAGAAAGCCAGGACCCUGCAGCUGCCUUCAACCUUCUUCUGUGGUGUAGGCAGCGAUAGCGAGGCAGAGAAGGACAAGCCAGAGGACUUUGAGACAGAGCUUCGCAAAGCACAGGAGGCUCUGGAUGCUGAGAGAAGCUCAGACCCUGUUUCAUCUGAGGCUGUGUCCUCUAGCACCGGCGAUACUGUGCCAGAACAACAGGUCCCAGACCAGUCCCCCAGCAGCCAGGAACAGGCUUCAGAUCAGUCUGAGGCAGAAGUCCAGUCCACUACAGCAGAAAAACAGGUCCCAGAUCAGUCCUUAACCAUACAGGAGGCUGAAAUCCCAACCCCAGGUAGCCAGGAACAGGCCACAGAACAGUUGGUUACCAUCCAGGAGGCAGAAGUCCAGUCCUCUACAGCAGAGGAACAUGUCCCAGAUCAGUCCUUAACCAUACAGGAGGCUGAAAUCCCAACCCCAGGUAGCCAGGAACAGGCCACAGAACAGUUGGUUACCAUCCAGGAGGCAGAAGUCCAGUCCUCUACAGCAGAAGAACAUGUCCCAGAUCAGUCCUUAACCAUACAGGAGGCUGGAAUCCCAACCCCAGGUAGCCAGGAACAGGCCACAGAACAGUCAGUUACCAUCCAGGAUGCUGACAUCCAAUCUUCUACAGCAGAGGAACAUGUCCCAGAUCAAUCAGUAACCAUCCAGGAGGCAGAUGUCCAGUCCUCUACAGCAGAAGAACAGGUCCCAGUUCAAUCAGUAACCAUCCAGGAGGCAGAGGUCCAGUCCUCUACAGCAGAAGAACAGGUCCCAGUUCAAUCAGUAACCAUCCAGGAGGCAGAGGUCCAGUCCUCUACAGCAGAAGAACAGGUCCCAGUUCAAUCAGUAACCAUCCAGGAGGCAGAUGUCCAGUCCUCUACAGCAGAGGAACAGGUCCCAGUUCAAUCAGUAACCAUCCAGGAGGCAGAUGUCCAGUCCUCUACAGCAGAAGAACAGGUCCCAGUUCAAUCAGUAACCAUCCAGGAGGCAGAGGUCCAGUCCACUACAAAGGAGCAGCAGACUCCAGAUCAGUUAGGCUCCACUUCAACACCAUCUCAGACUGCGGUCUCCCGCAGCAGGGAGCAGGCUACCACUCCAAACCGUCCAGAAAAACUUGCUGCUAGUGCCCCAGCUUUGAUAACCCCCUCAUUUGGUUUUGGAUUUGGUGCACAGUUUGGCAAAAAGCCAGGGCAGUGGGAGUGUAACAUGUGUCUUGUUAGAAAUGAGGAGUCUGCAAGCAGUUGUGUUUCUUGUCAAACUCUAAACGAGCAGGCUCCAGAUCAGUCUACUCCUGCAGCUACCAGCAGCAGCAGCCCUAUAGACCUGUCUGCCAAGAAGACCUCUGAGCCUGGCUCCAAUACUACAUUUUCUACAACCACUACUCAGGAUGCUCCUAACUCAUUUGGCUCAUUGGGCUUCAGUGCUCUAGGAGGGGAAGGGUUCUCCUUUGCUGAUCUGGCACAGAACACUGGGGGGGAAUUUGCCUUUGGAAAACAAGAUUCCAACUUCUCGUGGGCGAACGCCGGGGCUACGUUGUUUGGAGCUGCAGCCCCAGCCAAAGCUGAGGGGGGGGAGGAGGGGAGUGAUGAAGAGGACACUAAUAAUGUGGGCAUUGACUUUGAACCCAUAGUCUCUCUACCAGAGGUGGAGACUAAGUCAGGGGAGGAGGAUGAGGAGAUCCUGUUUAAGGAGCGUACCAAGCUGUACCGCUGGGAGAGAGACCUGGGCCAGUGGAAGGAGAGGGGUGUGGGAGACAUCAAGAUCCUCUUCCACCCCGAUAAGAGGUUCUACCGGGUGCUGAUGAGGAGGGAGCAGGUGCUGAAGGUCUGUGCCAAUCACACCAUCUGUCAGAGCAUGGAGCUCAAACCCAUGAACACCUCUAACCAAGCCCUAGUCUGGACAGCUACUGACUUUUCAGAGGGUGAGGGUAAGGUGGAACAGUUGGCAGCCAAGUUUAAGACCGCGGAGCUGGCCGAGUGUUUCAGGAAGACCUUCUGUGAGUGUCAGAGUCGUAUGAGCCAAUCAGAGGCCUCGUCCCUCUCCUCCCCCCAGCUGUCCAGGGUACAGGAACAUUCCAGAGACGCCAAUCCCCAGGUGUACCUCUCUAUCUCCGCUGACGACAAGCCCCUGGGAACGGUCACCAUAGAACUGUUCUCUCACAUCGUCCCCAAGACAGCUGAGAACUUCAGAGCGCUGUGUACAGGACAGAAAGGCUUCGGGCUGCGCAACUCUGUCUUCCACAGGGUCGUACCGGACUUCAUGUGUCAGGGUGGAGACAUCACCAACCAGGAUGGGACAGGAGGGAAAUCCAUCUACGGGGACAAGUUUGAGGAUGAGAACUUUGACGUGCGCCACACAGGCCCGGGGCUGCUGUCCAUGGCCAACCACGGCCGAGACACCAACAACUCCCAGUUCUUCAUCACCAUGAAGAAGGCUGAGCACUUGGACUUCAAACACGUGGCCUUUGGCUUCGUCAGAGAGGGCAUGGAUGUGGUCCGCAGCAUGGGAGAGCUGGGCACCAAGACUGGCAAACCCAGCAAGAAGAUUGUCGUCACCGAAUGUGGACAACUGUAGAGCUUCGCUCUGUUCACUGACUGUGGACAACUCAACUGUAGGGCUGAGAUCUGGUCACUGACUGGAUGGCUAUCGGCCUUCGCUCUGGCCAUGGACUGGACAGUGAUAGGCUUUCAAACUGUGGACAACUAUAGUAGGCAAAUCUCAAAUGAGACCCUAUACCUCAUGUAAUGUAAAACAUGUUUUUUUUUUUUUACAAGAGCCCAUGUGCAGUGCACGAAGGGUUCUGGUAGUGCACUACGGGGGGAAUAGGGUGUCAUUUGAGACAGAGAUGGUCACCUUUUCAUAAGUGUUGCCCCACCCUGAGGGCAGCAUGUGACUGUGAAUCCCCAGUCUGUAUUUUUGUGUAUAAUAUACAUUCACUUUUCAUGUUUUCCAAUAAGAGUUGAAAACGCUGGUUCCUUCAUAAGCUCCCUAACUUGAUUGUUUUGUAUAAUUAAGCCUUAAUCGAGAUGAACAAGAAACCUUGUUUAAAAACCAACCUCUGUUCAUUUUGAACUACGUUCCUUUCUCCUGCUCCCUGUGAAUACUUUUAGGUGUGUUUUUGUGUAUACAUUGAUUUCAUAAUGUACAAAUCAUUGAGACUACCUUUGUCCAUUUUAAACUCUAAAGUUAGGAAUAUGAAGAACUAUAACCUACUGUGUGACACUUUGGGAGAGGGAUGACAUAAUAUCUUAUUGUUGUGGAAGAACCUUUUAUGGUAUUCUGUUGACAAAUAUCACUUGGAGUUGAAACAAUUCUUAUUGUCAAUAAAUAAAUGAUGCUGGAGAAUGUCUUUAGAAAUAAAGUUGCUUUAUAC